AUGACUGCAGCCAUCAUUGAUGAGACGCUGGGCGGACUCAACUAUGUCCUGAAGCGCGAAGGCAUUGUCCCUCACGGGCCAUCCUUCACAGUGCACCUAGAGGUGGCGUACAAGGCGCCAGUGCCAGCGUCGACAUCGCUGAUCUGCACAGCAAGUCUCCAGUCACUGGAGGGCCGCAAGGCAUGGGUGCUGGCAGAAGUUUUGGACAGGCCCGGCGGCACCCUGUACGCUACCGGCAAGGCCUUGUUUGUGAUCCCCAAGGACAAGAUGCUGCCGCCAUCAAAGGCCUCGGAGAGUGCUGCUUUUGCAGAUGCUGACGCUCAGGCAGGGGCAGUGCCCGAGACAGAAACAGAGGUGGAGAGGUUGAGCCUCCAGCAGUAA